GUGCGUGGUAUUUGCUGGGAGGUUUGAAGCGGUUUCGCUGAGGUAAAGACGGUGAAAGAGUGGCUCCGGGGAGAGUUUCUGCGGUUGGGCCCAGAAGAGCGAGAAACCCGGAAUGUGAAUUAAAAUGAGCAAACGGAAGUUGAAAGAAGAUAGCUUUACAAAUGGAGAAUGCAUUUCAAAGGUACAAAAAAUAUUACGUGAAAGGUUCUGUCACCUGAAUCCAAAUGGAAAGUUAUUUGGACUUGAGCAUCAAUAUAAACAGUUACUUGAGCUGAUAAAACAUACUGCCAUUAAUGGUGAAAGCAAUUCUGUACUUAUUAUUGGACCACGAGGGUCAGGAAAGACUCUGUUAGUUUGUCACGUCUUAAAAAAACUUCUGGAAAUAAAGGAGGUAAAAGAGAACGUCUUGCAGGUACAUUUAAAUGGGUUAUUACAGACCAAUGGUAGAAUUGCUUUGAAGGAGAUUACAAGACAGCUAAAUUUGGAAAAUGUGGUUGGAGAUAAAGUUUUUGGUAGUUUUGCAGAAAAUCUUGCAUUUCUUCUGGAAGCCUUAAAGAGAGGAGAUCGUGACCACAGUUGCCCUGUUUUGUUCAUUCUAGAUGAGUUUGAUUUGUUUGUCCAUCAUAAGAACCAAACAUUACUAUAUAACCUUUUUGAUAUAUCACAAUCUGCACAGACGCCUAUAGCUGUUAUUGGUCUGACUUGUAGACUGGAUAUUCUAGAACUCAUGGAGAAAAGAGUGAAGUCAAGAUUUUCCCACCGGCAAAUAUACUUAAUGAAUUCCUUUGAUUUAAAAACAUAUUUGAAUAUUUGUAAAGAACAGUUAUCCCUUCCUCCAGAAUUUCCAGAAAAGUCCUUUAUCCAGAAGUGGAAUAGACACAUACAGUCUCUUCUAGAAGACAUAAAAAUUCAAGAUGUUCUACAAAAUCAAUUUUAUUAUAAUAAAGACCUCCGGUGUCUGUUCAUGUUGCUGAUGCUUGCUUCAAAUCAUAUAACUCCGUCCCACCCUUAUAUUCGCGUCUCUGACUUCCUGGAAGCCAGUAAACUCUGCAGAAUGGACACAAAAGCAAAUAUUGUGCAUGGUCUGUCUGUGCUGGAAUUGUGCCUCAUAAUAGCUAUGAAACAUUUAAAUGAUACUUAUGAAGGAGAACCAUUUAAUUUUCAGAUGGUUUAUCAUGAGUAUCAGAAGUUUGUACAGAGGAAAGCACAUACUGUGUAUAAUUUUGAGAAGCCUGUUGUCAUGAAGGCCUUUGAACGCUUGCAGCAUCUUGAAUUGAUAAAAGCAGUAGAAGGCCCAUCUAAUUCUGUACAAAAAGAAUAUUUGCUAAUGAAACUGCUCCUGGACAACAGUCAAGUUAUGGAAGCUUUGCAGGUGUAUCCAAACUGUCCAACGGAUGUCAAACAAUGGGCUACAACUUCAGUCCAUUGAUCAUAUAUUACAUAAGUUUGAGUUGCAUUGAAGUUAAUCAGUCUUCAAAACCAGUAAUACCAUUUGAAAAAAAAAUCUUGAAAUUAUAGACAUUUGUCUUCAGCUGUUAUGGGACUUGUUUAAAUAAUUGGAGGGACGGGUUCCUCUUCAUUUUAAAUAAAGUAAAAUUUUCCAAGAAAUAUAUUAUUUGGACCAAGAUUAGAAAUGACCAUAUUAAAAUGUAUCAAAUGAAAAUAAUCUUCAUUUUAGUUUAUUUUAAUUUUUUCUGAACACUAGUAUCUAUUGCCCAAAAUGUAUAAAAAGAAACUUCUUAGGUAAAUAAAAUUGUCACUAAAGUAUUUAAAAACUUGUGUGUUCUGUUAUAGAUCGGUAGGGAAGUAAGAUUUUUUUUUCAGAGAGUUGAACAGAGUCAACAUCAUUUUGUGAACAUGGUAGUAGUUAUUCAAAACAUGGGAACUACCUUCUUAGUCUUAAAAUACAAUUCCAAUAAAAAUUCUAAUUUUCGUAUAUUACACCUAUUUGAAUAUUGUAGUAAUAGUAUUCCCUGACAAAGUGCCAUUCUGUUCUCUAUAAAAUGUGAUAAGAUUGCAGACUUGGAAGCUAGGACCAUAAGAAUAAAUCUUUUAAUAAUAGAGACAUAUUCCUCUCUACUGUUCAUUGAAUUAAUACAAUGUAAAGUUAGAUAUUAAAGACAACCUGUUUGUCUAAAUUACCAGUUUAAAUGGUUAUCAACCUAACUGGAGACUGAAAAGUAUAAUUUGGUUUUGUGGAUUAUUCACAUUAAAAGAGACAUUCUGUUUUCAGAUUUAAAAAGGCUGUUGGUGUAAAAUUUUUGUAGGAUGGGCAAUUAGUUUAAUAAAUUGUUGCAAGAAAACAACAUUCAAAAUAUACUGAGACACUACCUGAUUCAUCUAAUGAAGAAAAUGUAUUUGCAUAUAUGAACCAUGUAGUUCCUAUCAUUUUCAUUGGUUUUUACUGCCAUUUGAAGUAAAUCCUUCUCAAAACUGUCCUUAUUUUAAAACAAAAUAAUACAAUUAAAACUGAAAUGCAAAAUGUACAAACAAAAAUUAACCCCUAAUUGAUAAACAAUGAAUGUAAGCAGACUAGGGCAUCCCAGAUUUGUUUCUAAUACAUGUUUUUAAAAAUGUAGCUGGUGUCAUCUGAUGAUCCCUAAGAGCAGGUGGAUUUCUUUAUUUUUGCUACUUUCAGGGUUCUGUCAAAUGUAGAUAUGGCCUGUCAAAUAUUCAAAACUCCUUUAAAUAUUAAUUAUAUUUUGAUUGGGUUUUGAAGCACAAAUUGGAAUUUGUACUGGAUGUUGUGAUCAUUUAGUUGUACGCAAAUAUAGUUACCAUGUAUUGGAAACAUAAGCAAUAAAAGAAAUAGCACAUUAUCCCUGUAAUACACCUGGAAAAUCAGGAAUAGGUGGUACUACUUGCUUUCGGCAUUAAUCAUAAUAUAGAGAUUAUACUGGAGGGAUUAGAACGUUAAAAUGAAAUGUUAAAUGCAAUCUCAUUGCAAAUCAUCAAGACACCGAUAGAGCAUUGUUUGAAGUUUCUGAAUCAAUAUUGAAAAGUUGGAGUAACAAGCAAAGCUUGUCAAUUCUCCUGGUUGAAAAAUCAGUACAAUAAGAUAAAAAUCAAACCUGGAAAUAAUUUGUUUCUAUCAGUAGCAUCAAGUUCAGCAGCACUUCACUUCAACAAUUCAAUUUAACCUUGUAGUUACAUUUAAAGAUAGUUCUCUACUUAUGAUCACAAUUGGACUGGAACUUCCAUUGCAAAAUGAUGCAAUCUUAAGUGAAUUUGUUGUAGGAGAUGACCAGGUGGAGCCUGAAGGCAAGGCCAAACGUGUCAUCUGUUUGGAAUCCUUACGCAGCCCCAAGAAAACCAAAUCCCUUGACACUUAUCUAGUGCCAAUUUGACUUGAAUUUAGUAGAUCAGAUUUUUGUGUUUAGGUUGCAGGUAAUAAACUUUUAGUG